AGAAGUCAUGUCAAAGUUCUUUCUAAUUAGUUUUACAAUCUUCGUUCUUGUUAUUGAUGCCAAUUGUUUUGGGCACAAACCAAUUAUAGAAAAUAAAAUUGCUAAUAUUCUUCUAAAAUCCAGUCCAUUAAUAGAGAAGACACCACAGCAAAGUAUGGAGUGUUUCGCAAUUUAUAUACCAAAACUAAAUGAUUUAACUAAAACGUAUGAGCUCGAGUAUGAAACUUGUUUACAACAAUCGAAGGAAUACCGAGAUUCCCUAGAUUUGGAAGUACAAAAAGAGCGCAAACACUUGGAAGAAUCAGCUGAAAAAGUUUGUGAUAGUUUUAGAAGUUGUUCCCGCAGAACUGAUUCAACUUAUGAGUUUUUCGAAUGCUUUAGUAAUGCUGCUGCUGAAUCCACUAACACCGUUUAUAACAUUCAAAACAUAUCCAAGGACAAAAUGGAAUAUAUUAAAAUUAAAAAUGAGACUAUUGAUUACGAUCAGAAUCGUUGUACCGAUAAAUGUUCCCGUGUCUAUGUGGAGAAAUCUACAAAAAUCUAUGAUGAUUUGGAUAAAUGUUUAGCUGGUUUAGUAAUUGAGUCGCCUACUCAAAUUCCUAGUGUUAAGGUUUAGAAAUGUCUUGUAAGUAAAAAGCAUAGUGCAAAAUUUUCGAAAUAUACAAACUGAUAAUAUCAA